AUGAGACGAUUCUUAAGACCCGGACAUGAUCCAGUGAGAGAGAGGCUUAAACGUGACCUUUUCCAGUUUAACAAGACUGUUGAACAUGGAUUUCCCCAUCAACCCAGCGCACUGGGCUAUAGCCCAUUUCUCCGCCUCAUGGCCAUUGGAACACGGUCGGGAGCCAUCAAACUAUAUGGUGCUCCUGGAGUGGAGUUCAUGGGUUUGCAUGAAGAAAACAAUACUGUAAUGCAGAUUCACUUUAUACCUGAUCAGUGCCAGCUGGUGACAUUGCUAGAUGAUAACAGCCUGCAUCUUUGGAGCCUGAGGCAGCACAGUGGAGCUUCUGAGCUAUGGGAGGAGCACCGCUUCACAUUGAAAGGGCCACCUGGAUCUCCACCAAGUGCCACACAGAUAACAGCUGUCCUUCCCCAUUCCUCACGGGAAAUCCUGUAUCUUGGCACAGAGAGUGGCAACAUCUUCGUAGUGGAACUUCCCUCAUUCAGAGUGCUGGAGGACAGAACCAUAACCUCUGAGGCUGUGCUGCAGCGAGUACCAGAAGAUUACUGUAAUAGGCGAUCAUGUGAAUUGGUGGAAGCCCUUCGUGAGCAUCCAAAGAACCCUGACCAGAUCCUAAUUGGAUACAGCAGGGGUUUGAUUGUCCUCUGGGAUCUGCAGAAUAACAAAGUGACUCACCAUUUCCUGGGCAGCCAGCAACUGGAGAACCUCUACUGGCAGAGGGAUGGCAGUAAAUUCAUUAGUUGUCACUACGAUGGAAGUUACACCCAGUGGCCUGUAUCCGGUGACAACAGGCAGCCUGAGCCUCUGGAAAACCUUGUGCCUUAUGGUCCUUUUCCUUGUAAGGCCAUCUCCAAGAUAUACUGGCAGACCACAAAAAAUGGGCUUCCUUACAUUAUAUUCCAAGGAGGUAUGCCCCGGGCUAGCUAUGGUGACCGGCACAGUAUCUCUGUUGUCCAUGGCAGUCAGCAAACAGCGUUUGACUUCACAUCACGAGUUAUAGACUUCUUUAUAAUCUUCAGUUCAGAGCCUACUGAAG